CUUUACGCUGCAAUCUGCCCCUCUGUUCAUCCACAUUUCGACUUUCUCAUCCUCUCCUCGACAGUCGUAAUGGUCCGCCUAUCCAUCCCCUCCAUCCCCGUGAGGCCACCCCGGCCUCCCAGCGCUCUGGACCUUCUCCCCCUCCCCGCAGCCGGCGAGCACCUCGCCUCCUUCCUGGAACGGGGCAAGGGCCGCACACUGGCGAUCACAGGCGCUGGCGUGAGCGUUGACAGCGGGAUCAGAGCCUACCGUGGCGAAGAGGGGCGAUACUUGAAUCCCAACUACUCACCCAUCUUUUACUCCGAGCUCAUCGAGGACUCGCCGCGCGGCGAGCUGUUCAGGAAGCGAUAUUGGGGCCGCUCCUUCCUGGGUUAUCCGCCCGUGCGCGACGCAAAGCCGAACCCGACGCACAUCUACAUCGCGGCGCUGCAAGCGCUGGGGCUUGCGCCGGGCCUCAUCACGCAGAACGUGGACAACUUGCACCGCAAGGCGCUGCGGAUCGUGCACGACGCCAUGCGGCGGCACGGCGUCGAGCCGAGUGCGGCGCUGCGCCCGCCCCUGCGUCUCGGCUCGUCCAUGUCCGACCCGGCGUCGAUGCCGGCCCCCACGUCGAUCGGGAGCGCAGUCACCCCCAUCCUCGAGCUGCACGGGACGCUCGCGCGCGUCCACUGCCUCCGGCACGGGCACGAGGGGCACGAGCAGUCGCGCGACGACUGGCAGGACCAGUUGGCGGCGCGCAAUCCCAUCUGGGCGGCUGAGGCCGCGUGGGCUGCUGAAACGGGGAAUAUGCCGCGGACCAACCCCGACGGAGACGUCGAGCUGCCCGGCGCAGACUACAACAAAUUCAACGUGCCGGCGUGCGCGCUGUGCGUUGCUGAGGGAACGGAGAAGUCGAUCGUGAAGCCCAACGUGAUCUUCUUCGGAGAGACGCUGCCGCCGGCGGUACGGGACAAGUCCUUUGAAUUGGUGGAGGCAGCGUCUUCUCUUCUCAUUAUGGGAACUACGCUCGCCACAUACUCGGCCUUCAGGUUGAUCAAGGCUGCACGAGAGCAGGGCAAGCCCGUGUUCAUGAUCUCGCUCGGCCCGUCGCGCGCCGACGACCUCGACGGUGUCCAGAAGAUGGAGCGCGUAGCAGGCCCCGUGCUUCGCGCCUUCCUCGACGACUACUUGACAACAAACUCAGGACCGAAAGUCGACGCCGUUAAGAGCAUCCUUGACGCGGGUGUCGUUGUCGGGUUGCCGAGGAAGGACGUUGUCUCCGCCGGCACGCCGUCCAACCCCGGUGAAGAGGUUGCCCGCUCAUGAUAGAUUAUAGAAGACUUAUACUUGCAUUGUUGUCUGCCAUCUUAUGCACGGCCUCACGCGGCGCUCUCAGGAGAGCGCGGCAUCGAGAUCAUCUCGGCAUCGCUCUCGCU